AUGAGGCGGGACGUGCGCAUCCUCCUGCUGGGGGAAGCCCAAGUGGGGAAAACAUCCUUGAUCAUGGCUCUGGUGGGUGAGGAGUUCCCUGAGGAGGUUCCUCCUCGGGCCGAAGAGAUCAUAAUCCCUGCAGAUGUCACUCCUGAGAAAAUCCCCACCCACAUUGUAGACUAUUCAGAAGCCGAACAGACGGAAGAAGAGCUGCAAGAAGAGAUUGCCAAGGCAAACGUGAUCUGCAUGGUCUAUGACGUCACAGAGGAGGCCACCAUUGACAAGAUUCGGACAAAAUGGAUUCCAAUGGUGAACGGUGGCAUUGAGCGAUGUGCCAGGAUCCCCAUCAUCCUCGUGGGAAACAAGUCUGACCUGCACACCGGAAGCUCCAUGGAAACCAUCCUGCCCAUUAUGAACCAGUUCUCCGAGAUCGAGACCUGUGUGGAGUGUUCAGCGAAGAAUCUGAAAAACAUUUCUGAGCUUUUCUACUAUGCCCAGAAAGCUGUUCUUCAUCCAACUGCCCCUCUCUAUGAUCCAGAGGAGAAGCAGAAGUCCUGCUUUGGAAACCCGUUGGCUCCUCAGGCUCUGGAAGAUGUAAAAAUGGUGGUGUGGAAGAACACAACAGAUGGUGUCCAGGACAAUGGCCUUACACUCAAUGGCUUCCUUUUCCUCAACACCCUCUUCAUCCAGAGAGGGCGUCACGAGACUACAUGGACCAUCCUCCGCCGCUUUGGCUAUGACGAUGCCCUGGAGCUGACUGAUGACUAUCUCUGCCCAGUGAUCCGGGUACCCCAGGACUGUUCCACAGAGCUCAACCACUUUGGUUACCAGUUCCUGCAACGGAUGUUUGAGAAACAUGACAAGGACCGUGAUGGCGCCCUCUCGCCCGGCGAGCUGCAGAACUUCUUUGGUGUGUUCCCCUAUAUCCCCUGGGGAUCUGAGCUCUACCACACGGUAUGCACCACAGAUAAAGGCCUGCUUUCCCUGCAUGGAUUCCUCUGCCAGUGGACGCUGGUUGCCUACCUGGACGUCCAUCGCUGCUUAGAACACUUGGGCUACCUGGGGUACCCCAUCUUCUCUCAGCAGGACUCCCAGAUUUACGCCAUCACAGUCACCCGGGAAAAAAAGGUGGACUUGGAGAAAGGCCAGACCCACCGGAAUGUCUUCCUCUGCAAAGUGAUCGGGUCCCGAGGGGCCGGCAAGUCGGCUUUCCUGCAAGCCUUUCUAGGCAAGGAUGUGGGGGUAAGUCCUGGCGGAGAACAAUCGCCCUAUUCAAUUAAUACGGUGCUGGUCAAUGGACAGGAAAAGCAUUUAAUUCUACAGGAGAUUGAGGCGGACGCAGAAUUUGCGAAGACCUCUGACACAGCUUGUGAUGUUGCCUGCUUCUUGUACGACGUGGCAGACCACAAGUCUUUUAAUUACUGUGCUAAUAUUUAUAAGCAACACUACAUGGACAGCCAGAUUCCUUGUCUCUUUGUGGGCUCCAAAACUGACUUGCCGGAAACGUCCCCUCCGCACGGCCCCUCCCCAGCCGAGUUCUGCUACAAACAUCGCUUGCCGCCCCCGUUUUGCUUCUCCUGCAUCAGCCAGGAACUUCUCAGCACCACAGUCUACAGCAAACUAGCCACGGCCGCCACGUUUCCGCAUCUGAACGACAUCGAGUUGCGUGCUUCGUCCUUCUGGAUCCGGAUUGCCUUGGGAGCUGCAGUAGCCACCAUUGUGGGAAUCAGUCUCUACAAAGCAGUGAUGAAGAACAAGUAGAGGACGGCGAGGACACGGGACUCUCUCUUUGUGUCCCUCCCUGCUCUAGGUUGUUAUUUUUUUUCCACCCAUGUCCAGGAAACCAACUUCAUUUGCCCCGAGCACGUUGCAAGACCCGGAAGAAGUGCGCCAGGGGAAGACAAGAGGCCAUCUGAAGGACAUUCCACCUCCUUGGCUUCUCCCGGUGGGGUGGGUGAGUGUUGCAGAUGGGGCUGGACGACCACCAUUGCACCAGCAUCAGCAGAAACCAUCACCGUCAGCUAGCCGGCAUGAGGAAGACUUGCAUUUUUCUCACUCAGGGAAUGUCCCCAGUCCUGCAAGCCAUAGCAUCAGAUAUCUUCUGGGCCGUUCAGCUCCUACAAAUUAUCUUAGCUUCCCCCAGUUUUUGUGUUGUUGUUUUUUUAACCCCUUUUGGCUGUUCGUCAGAUGCUGAAGCUCCUGCAAUCUGGUAAAUGUUUUUAAAUAGACGUGUCUUGGGGAGAGCCGAGACUGUUGGCCCUCUGCGGUGCCUCUGGACCUUCUACUUCAUCUUCUUGCUUGGAAGGAUGCCUUUGAGCUCCUGUGGGGGGGAAACUACGAAGCUUUCUGCGACUUUCUGAACCCUU